UACUAGUCAAGGGGACUGGAAACAAACUAAAGGUGCUUGAGAGAAAAUAGAAAAGAAGAGGAAAAACAACAACUUGGUUUUUUCUUUUCUUUCUAUCCUGUUUUCUCUCUCCUCUCUCUCUCUCUCUCUCUCUCUCUCAACCGCCUACAGGAAGGAACAGGAGCUGCUUAAAUUAGCAAAGAUUUCAUUUCAAAGGUAGUGUCUAGGGUAUGAGAUUGAGACAACUUUUCCUUUAUCCCACUGGCUUCAUCAGUUAAAGCAGAGGGAAUUCUGGUGUUUUCUUUGGUUAAAGCAGGUUUUAUAGCAACUUCCUACUAUCACAGUUUCUUCUUUCCUCCUCCCCCCCCGUCCCCCCUCUCUUCUCUCUCAUCUUCUUGUUAUUCCAUCUCUCUCUCUCCGGUUUUUUCUUGUAAAGAUUUCCUAGCUCUUUUGGUUGACAGAACAAUAUCAGAUUGAUCUCUCUAUGAUCAGUAACACGUCUCUUUGCAGAAGGGUGAUGCUUGAUAUCAAAGUUGCAGCUGUAGAGAGCUGAAAUUGGGGCAUAAAAAGGAGGACUAAUUAAUUCAAUUCCCAUAUGGAAGAGUUUAAAUUGAGUUCAUAAAAAGGAGGAGGAGGCAAGCCAUGAAUAAGGGUUCCAUGAGUACCUCUGCUGAUCUUAUUGAUGCAAAGCUUGAGGAGCAUCAGCUCUGUGGAUCCAAGCAGUGCCCUGGUUGUGGCCACAAGCUCGAAGCAAAGCCGGACUGGGUAGGUUUACCAGCUGGAGUGAAAUUUGAUCCAACAGACCAAGAAUUGAUAGAACAUCUUGAAGCAAAGGUAGAGGCUAAAGACUCCAAAUCUCACCCUUUGAUUGAUGAAUUCAUCCCUACCAUUGAAGGGGAAGAUGGGAUUUGUUAUACUCAUCCUGAAAAACUUCCAGGAGUCACAAGAGACGGCUUGAGCAGGCAUUUCUUCCACAGGCCUUCCAAGGCCUACACCACCGGCACAAGAAAACGAAGAAAAAUCCAGACCGAAUGCGACCUGCAAGGCGGCGAAACCCGGUGGCACAAGACGGGCAAGACCCGGCCGGUGAUGGUGAUCGGCAAACAGAAGGGCUGCAAGAAAAUCCUAGUCCUCUACACAAACUUCGGCAAGAACAGAAAGCCCGAGAAAACCAACUGGGUAAUGCACCAGUACCAUCUUGGCCAACAUGAAGAGGAGAAAGAGGGGGAGCUUGUGGUGUCCAAGAUUUUCUACCAGACUCAGCCGAGGCAGUGCAAUUGGUCUGACCGGAGCGGGACCGGGGCGGGAGAAGGAAGUGUGGAGCCGAAUAGCAAAAGGGAUAGUGGUGGCAGUGGAAGUUGUUCUUCAAAGGAAGUGAUCACCCAGAGAGAUGAACUGUCUGCAGCUGGGGUUGGUGGUGCAAUGUCAAGUUACAGUCCCAUGGAUAUUCAGCAAUUGAAAGCUGACCAUUUUGGCUUUGCCCCAUUUAGAAAAGGCUUUGAUGAGGUUGGAGGAGUCGGUGAGGCAUCUACUGUGAGGGAAGUGCAGGCAUCAGGCACGUGCGAAGAGCGUGACAUGCACGAGCACCAAAGGCCCCAUCACGUGAGCAGCCACCACCACCACCACCAUCUUCAUCACCAGAUUUCCACAGCCACCUUCAACAUUUGCAGGCCUUCACUCCCCAUUUCCACUAUCAUCCCUCCACCUAAUUCCCUUCAUCAAGCCUCCAUUAUUCUCGAUGAUGACUCUUUCCAUGUCCCCAGAAUGAUGCUCCAGAACGAAAGUUUCCAGCAACAGCAGCAGCAGCAACAGCAAGAACAGCAGCUGCAACAGCAUCAUCAUAAACUGGUAGGGAGGUCUGCGUCUGGAUUGGAGGAACUCAUAAUGGGCUGCACUUCAACUGAUCAUCACAUCAAAGAAGGUUCAUCAAUCACAAAUCCACAAGAGACAGAAUGGAUGAAAUACUCCUUCUGGUCUGAUCCUGACAACCCGGAUCAUCAUGGGUAGGAGGGAAAAAAAAAAGAAAAAAAAAAAGAGAAGGAAAUUACACAAAAGCCCGUAGAGACAAUAUGAUUAUAUCAUCAUCAUGAGUACUUAAAGCCUUGCUGAGUUCUUUUCAACAAGAGGCAAAGAAAACCAUCAGUGGUUUCUCCCUUUUCUCUCUUUUCUUCUGAGGGCCUGGCUCAGAUCUGAUGCCUCAGCUGAAGUAACAGCAAAAAACCCAUAUCCUGGAAAGAAAGAGAGGGACUACCCAAAAGGAAAAAGAAAGAGAGAAACCAAGAAAAGAAAAGAAAAGAGACCAGGAAUGGAAAGGCUGCAGCUCUCUCCUGACAAAUAGAAGGGGGAACCAAAGACUAACCCCAAGCGAAUCCCAUCCCUGCUGCAUGAAAAUCAUCGCCAUUAUGAUUACAAUAUCGUCUUUAUGCCUAUUCUUUUUAUUUGUUUAUUUUAUAGUUAUUUGUAUAUUUUGUUCAAUUGUUUUUACAGGAAAGAGAGCAAUAGGUCAUGUUUGUUCAAAUUAUGGCAAAAGAAACUUUUGUUAAAUAUUGUGUUGUGGGUAGUGACCUUUUCGAAUACAGGAUGUACUGGGGCUCGAAUGAAUUCCCUUUAUAGAAAUGAAAAUGUGCUAAAGGAAUUGUUUAUGCUAUUGGUGCU